GUGUAGUACAUCAAGUAAUAUUCACUAGAACAAACAUGCUAGACUGAAAGAUGUGUAUCUUUUAAAACUGUGGUGCUUUUUUGUUUUUGUUUGGCGUAAAUGGCCAGAAAAAUCAAACUUUUCUAACUUCAUGCUCACUCACUAUAUGUCUGAGUCAUUGCUGAAAUUAAUGGCUAAACCGGCGAGUCACGCCUCUUGUUCACAAUUUCAAGAUUAUGUCAGUCAGCAGGAGUAACGCAAGAAGGACAAAUCAUUCUCACAGAUGGAGCUGCCACCUCGCCCACAACUGUUUGACUUCAAUGGAGUCUCCAUGACCAACAUCUUCACUGACAAUUGGGACAAUGUACAGAACUUCAAAGCAAGACCGGAUGAUAUUCUUAUCGCAACUUACCCUAAAGCAGGAACCACAUGGGUCUCUUACAUCCUAGAUCUUCUGUAUUUUGGGAACAUGAGUCCAGACCGUCAGACAUCCAUCUCUGUUCAUGACAGAGUUCCCUUCCUGGAGAUCUGCGCACCUCCUCUACCUUCAGGUGCAGACCUGGCAGACAAACUUCCCACCACUCCUCGUCUCAUUAAAACUCAUCUACCAGUCCAGUUUGUACCAAAGUCCUUCUGGGAGCAGCGCUGCAAGGUAGUCUAUGUGGCCCGCAAUGCAAAGGACAAUGCAGUGUCCUAUUUCCACUUUGACCGCAUGAACCUUAUCCAGCCAGAACCAGGAGACUGGGGCAGCUAUCUGCAGGGUUUCAUGGAGGGAAACAGGGUUUUUGGAUCCUGGUAUGACCAUGUGAACGGCUGGUGGGAGAAGAAGCAAAGUUAUUCAAAUCUCCACUACAUGUUCUAUGAAGAUUUGAUUGAGGACUCUGAGCAAGAAAUAGACCGACUGUGUUCCUUCCUUGGUUUGUCUCCAUCACCUGAAGAGAAGGAAAGAGUCAGAGCCAGUGUGACGUUUGACAGCAUGAAACAAAACAAGAUGACCAACUAUACUUCAGUUCCAGUGAUGAACCACAAGGUGUCUCCUUUCAUGAGAAAAGGGAAAGUUGGUGACUGGAAGAACCACUUCACUGUGGCCCAGAAUGAGCAGUUUGAUGAAGACUACAAGAAGAAGAUGAAGAAUCCUGAUUUGAAGUUUCGCUGUGAAAUUCAAAGAGCGGGCUAGAGCUGAGAAGUGAUAUGCAAUUAAAUAGUUAAGAAUAAAUCAAAUAUUAAGCCUGAACAACUGAAU